GCAAGGAGGGAGAUGGCCCGGACCCCGCCCCCAACCCGGGGGGCGCCCCGACACGGACCGGACAGCGAUAUUUUCGCUCCAGAAAUGGAUUCCUUGGCUCUGCCCACUGUGGCUUUUCUACAACAACUGCCCAGUUACCGAUCCAUCGUGAGACGGAGGAUGUCUAUGACUGGGAGAGACCAGCAGAAAAUCAUCCUGCAGAGGCAGGAGACAGCCGAGGUCAGGACUCCAUCGGAAGAUUUGAGGGAGGCGAAUAAUUUCAGAGGACAGUCAAUAAGAGAAUUUGCGAUGAAUAUCUCUGAGAAGAGGAGACUGAGGGAAAUUCAGGAGACCCAGACCCAAUAUUUAUCUGAAUGGGACCAGUGGAAACAGUACAGCAGCAAGUCGUGGAAGAAAUUUAUAGAUGAAGCUAAGGAGCUGUCGUCUCAUCUGGAGCUGUGGAGGAAUGACAUUCGCAGUAUUGAGGGAAAAUUUGGCACAGGGAUUCAGUCUUAUUUCUCCUUCCUGCGGUUCCUGGUGGUUUUGAAUUUUGUCAUAUUUCUUGUGAUGUUUGGGUUUAUUAUACUCCCGAUCAUUAUUUCUAAGCACGGGGUUAUUGAAAGCAGUUUUGUGUCAUCUCCUCCUAAAAAUGUGGAACCUCAUUGCACAGUGUAUAGAGUUGUGAGCAGUGGACUCAUUUAUUUCUACAGCUACAUAAUAGACUUGCUUUCUGGUACAGGUUUCCUGGAGCGCACCAGCUUGUUUUAUGGAUAUUACUCUCUGGAUGCAGUGAAAUUCAAAGGCAUCACCUACAAUAUCCCCCUGGCAUAUUUACUGAGCACUUUUGCUUAUCUAGCAUUGAGCCUCAUCUGGAUAGUGAAAAGGUCAGUGGAAGGAUUCAAACAAAACCUAGUCCGUGGUGAAGAUCAGUUCCAGAGUUACUGCAAUAAAAUCUUUGCCGGAUGGGACUUCUGUAUAACAGAUCUGAACACUGCUCAGCUCAAGCACAGCAGUUUGCAGUAUGAGCUCAAAACCGAUUUGGAGGAAGAAAGACUGAGGCAGAAGAUAGCCGAAAGGACUCCGGAACAAAAGCUGUGGAUCUAUUCUUUAAGGCUGAUUUUGAACACUAUAGUCGUGGCAGUCUUGAUAGGAUGUUUUUACUCUAUCUACCAAGCAACAGUGUACUCCCAGGAAAACAUGUACAUGGAGAGCAAGACGCUAAUAUUUGGAAAGAACCUCCUUGUGCAGUAUUUACCGUCAAUUGUGAUCACGCUGGCCAACUUCAUCACUCCCAUCAUCUUUUCCAUCAUCAUCUACUAUGAAGACUAUUCACCGGCUUUUGAAAUCCGCCUGACCCUCAUGAGGUGCGUCUUUGUGCGACUGGCCAGUGUUUACGUGCUUUUCUUCUCCUUGUGGGCCCGGAUCACCUGCAAAAAUGACAAGUGUCAGACCUGUGGCUACAACUACAAGCUCUACCCGUGCUGGGAAUCUCAAGUUGGGCAGGAAAUGUACAAACUGAUGAUCUUCGAUCUGAUCAUGAUCAUGGCAGUGACUGUGUUCAUUGAUUUUCCUAGAAAGCUGUUGGUGACCUACUACUCUUCUUACAAGCUGAUUAAGUUUUGGGGUAAUCAGGAGUUUGGCAUUCCUGAUAAUGUCCUGGGAAUUGUGUAUGGACAGACAGUCUGCUGGAUUGGGACCUUUUAUUCACCCCUUCUUCCUGCCAUAGCAACCCUGAAAUAUAUUAUCAUUUUUUAUGUAAAAAAGAUAAGCCUGAUCUACACCUGUAGACCUUCCACGAGGCCUUUCAGAGCAUCAAAUUCGAACUUUUUCUUCCUGCUGGUGUUAUUGAUUGGGCUGAUUUUGACCUUCAUUCCUCUUGAACUCAGCAUUGCACAUAUUCCAUCCUCCAAAGCCUGUGGACCCUUUGUUCAUUAUAACAGCUCUUGGGACGUUAUCCCACAGACAGUCCACACCUUCCCAAAUGCCCUGCAGAAGGUGGUUUAUGGUAUCACCUCAGAAGCCUUCGCCCUGCCUUUCUUCAUGGUCGUCUGCCUCAUCAUGUUCUACUUUGUUGCACUGGCUGGCGCUCACAAGCGAGUUGUGGAUCAGCUCAGGGAGCAGUUAGCUCUGGAAAGCCGUGACAAACUCUUUCUAAUCCGGAAGUUAACAGAGGCCCAGAAAGAGACAAAAUCGAAUCACCCAGAAAUCUAUUUUUAUUUUUCCAAGAGAAUCGUGAGAGUAAAUUACCAAAUAAGCAGGUAUCGAAGCUUGUGACUGUGGCCUUACCUGUCCAUCAGUAUGCCGGGCAUUCGGAAUAACAUUGGUUAUUUGGCCCACUUCAAACUCCUUUUUAUUUCUGUCCUGGAUCAACAUUUUUUAAAGUGUCAUUCGUGUUAUGAAAUUUUGCUGCUUUCCACAGAUGAAAAUAUACAACUGUUACAUUUCCCUUUUAAGACUGAUCAAUGUAGUAUUUGUUGUUGCAAACUGCUGCCAAUUGUGAUUUUACUUGAAUUUUUUUGGUCAACUAUUUAAUAACAGGA